AGUAGGCAAUCUGCCUUAAUCCUCAACCAAGCGAGGGAACGAAGUAGGGAGAGCGGCAGAGAGAGAAAGAGAGGGAGCAAGCUGAGAGCAUGAAACAGGCACAGUCGGGGGGGCUCAGAUCCCUUUUAGAAGGAACCCCCUGGUGAAAACUAGGAUCGGAGUUGACAUCCGAGGGAGAAGCUAGCAAGGGUCCCAGUGUGGCUCUCCCAUGAGAGCAACUGGGGCUAACCUGGCCCUUCCUCCCCACCCAGGGAGAAAGGCCAAAAAGAAUGGAAGGUCCUCCUCUACAAGGUGGAGAAACAUUUGGGCCAAAGUGCUAGCAUCUUUUGGGCAGUGACACAUCCGCCCAUUCAAUCCUUCCAGCCACCCACCCCCAGGAACAAGACAGCAAGAUGUCGGAGUCGGAGUGCAACGGAGGACCGACGGAGCCUCCUGAAAUACCACGCUCGGCGGCUGAGGCUUUUGUGGAGGCAACAGGCCAGGCCCUGGCAUGGACGCUGACAAACGGGGGCACAGAUACUCUGGGCUCUACAGGAAGCAACGCUCAGAAGAAGAAACUCCAGCACAACAAGCACAAAACCCAGGGCACCAAUGUGGUCCAUCGUUCACCCCGUGCCCUCUUCUGCCUCAGGCUGAACAAUCCCAUCCGCCGGGCUGCAAUCAGCAUCGUUGAAUGGAAGCCCUUUGACAUCCUCAUCCUUAUGACCAUCUUCGCCAACUGUGUGGCCUUAGGAGUCUAUAUCCCUUUCCCUGAGGAUGACUCCAAUGUCGCCAACCACAACUUGGAACAAGUGGAAUAUAUUUUUCUCAUCAUCUUCACGGUGGAAACGUUCCUCAAGAUCCUGGCCUAUGGUCUGGUCAUGCAUCCCAGCGCCUACAUCCGGAAUGGUUGGAACCUUCUCGAUUUUGUUAUUGUUGUGGUGGGCCUGUUCAGCGUCAUCCUGGAACAAUUUUCUCACAAACCUGGAGAAGCCCAUCACAUGAGUGGGAAGCCGGGUGGGUUUGAUGUCAAAGCUCUGAGAGCCUUCCGUGUCUUGCGUCCUCUGCGCCUCGUCUCUGGUGUCCCCAGCCUGCACAUUGUUUUGAAUUCCAUCAUGAAAGCCAUGGUUCCCCUUCUGCACAUUGCACUGCUUGUCCUUUUUGUCAUCAUCAUCUAUGCCAUCAUUGGUUUGGAGCUCUUCAUUGGCCGGAUGCACAAGACUUGCUUCAUCAUCGGUUCAGAUUUGGAAGCGGAGGAGGAUCCAUCACCUUGUGCCUUCUCUGGGCAUGGCCGGGAGUGCACAGUGAACAACAGCGAGUGCCGUGGCAAGUGGGAAGGACCCAAUGGUGGCAUCACUAACUUUGACAACUUCUUCUUUGCCAUGCUGACCGUUUUCCAGUGCAUCACCAUGGAAGGCUGGACUGAUGUGCUCUACUGGAUGCAGGAUGCAAUGGGUCAUGAACUGCCCUGGCUUUAUUUUGUUAGUCUUGUCAUCUUUGGUUCCUUCUUCGUACUCAAUCUCGUUUUGGGUGUUCUCAGUGGAGAAUUCUCCAAGGAGCGAGAGAAGGCCAAAGCCCGGGGUGACUUCCAAAAGCUCAGAGAGAAGCAGCAGAUGGAAGAAGACCUGAAGGGCUACCUAGAUUGGAUCAUGCAGGCUGAAGACAUCGAGCCUGAUGACGAAGGGGAUGAGGUUGACGAGAAGCACACCCGUGUGACUGUGGAAGACCUAACAGGGAAGAAGAAGAAGAAAUGGUUCAAACACAGCAAUUCCACCGACACCCAUACCAGCCUUCCUGCCAGUGAAACCACCUCCGUGAAUACAGAGAAUGUUGGAGAUGAAGAACACCAUGAGAAAAAUUGCUGUGACGUGUGUUUAGGAAAGCUAGCAAAGACCAAGUUUGGGCGCCGUCUUCGGCGCAUCAACCGUCUCCUCCGGAAAAGGUGUCGCCUGGCUGUCAAAUCUGUCUCUUUCUACUGGAUGGUUCUGAUCCUUGUCUUUCUCAACACUCUGACUAUUGCCUCUGAGCAUUACAACCAACCCGACUGGCUCACUCAAAUCCAAGCUUAUGCAAACAAAGUACUGUUGUCACUGUUCACCAUGGAGAUGCUGCUGAAGAUGUAUAGCCUGGGCCUACAGGCCUAUUUUGUUAGUUUCUUCAACCGCUUUGACUGUUUCGUUGUGUGUGGUGGGAUCCUGGAGACCGUAUUGGUAGAGUUCGAGAUCAUGCAGCCUCUUGGAAUCUCUGUGCUCCGUUGCGUCCGCCUCCUGCGAAUCUUCAAAGUUACCAGGCACUGGGCCUCACUGAGCAAUCUGGUGGCCUCCUUGCUGAACUCCAUGAAAUCCAUUGCUUCCUUGCUUCUCCUGCUAUUCCUUUUCAUCAUCAUCUUCUCCUUGCUGGGCAUGCAGCUCUUUGGGGGCAAGUUCAACUUCGAUGAGACCCAGACCAAACGCAGCACUUUUGACACUUUCCCCCAGGCUUUACUCACCGUCUUCCAGAUCCUGACUGGUGAGGACUGGAACACGGUGAUGUACGACGGGAUCAUGGCCUACGGAGGCCCGUAUUUCCCAGGCAUGCUGGUCUGCGUCUAUUUCAUCAUCCUCUUUAUUUGUGGAAACUAUAUCCUACUCAAUGUCUUCUUGGCCAUUGCUGUGGACAAUCUUGCAGAUGGGGACAACAUCAAUACUUCCAAAAACAAAGAGGCGCCAGCAGAGGGGGAACAAAGCAACGAGACUGAAGAAAAAGAUGUGAAGUUGGAAUGUGAGGAGGAGGAGGAGGAGGAGGAGAACGAAGAAGCAGAAGAAGGCAGUGAAGAAGCCGGCGAGGAGGAGGAAGAGGAAGGGGAAGGGGAAGGAGACCAACAAAGCCUAGCAGAGUCCCACCUUGACAAAGUGGAGGACACCCCCAAGGAGAAGGUGAUGCCCAUUCCUGAUGGAAGCUCCUUCUUCUGUCUGAGCAAAACAAACCCGCUCCGUGUUGGGUGCCACAAGCUGAUCCAUCACCACAUCUUCACCAAUCUCAUCCUUGUCUUCAUCAUCCUCAGUAGCAUAUCUCUGGCAGCUGAGGACCCUAUCCGGGCACACUCCUUUCGCAAUAAUAUUCUAGGCUACUUCGACUAUGCCUUCACGUCUAUCUUCACUGUUGAGAUCCUACUCAAGAUGACUGCUUAUGGUGGUUUCCUGCACCAGGGCUCAUUCUGCCGAAACUGGUUUAAUCUUCUCGAUCUCCUGGUUGUCAGUGUCUCACUCAUCUCCUUCGGUAUCCACUCGAGUGCCAUUUCUGUGGUGAAGAUCUUGCGAGUGCUGAGAGUGCUUCGUCCUCUCCGAGCCAUCAACCGGGCCAAGGGCCUCAAGCAUGUGGUACAGUGCGUAUUUGUCGCUAUUCGCACUAUCGGCAACAUCAUGAUAGUCACUACCCUGCUACAGUUCAUGUUUGCUUGUAUAGGUGUCCAGCUUUUCAAGGGCAAAUUCUACAGCUGCACGGAUGAGGCCAAGCACACCCCAAAUGAGUGCAAAGGUACAUUCAUUGUAUACAAAGAUGGAGAUGUGGCUCACCCAAUGGUCCGUGACCGCCUCUGGCUCAACAGUGACUUCAACUUUGACAAUGUCCUGUCAGGCAUGAUGGCCCUCUUCACUGUCUCCACCUUUGAAGGCUGGCCAGCGCUCCUGUACAAGGCCAUUGAUGCCAAUGCUGAAAAUGAGGGGCCCAUCUACAACUACCGGGUCGAAAUCUCCAUCUUCUUCAUCAUCUAUAUCAUCAUCAUUGCCUUCUUCAUGAUGAAUAUCUUUGUGGGCUUUGUCAUCAUCACCUUCCGGGCCCAAGGAGAACAGGAAUACAAGAACUGUGAGCUGGACAAGAACCAGCGGCAGUGUGUGGAAUAUGCCUUGAAAGCCCAGCCUUUACGGCGCUACAUCCCCAAGAACAAAUACCAGUAUAAAUUCUGGUACAUGGUCAACUCCACUGGCUUUGAGUACAUCAUGUUUGUGCUCAUCUUGCUCAACACCAUUGCACUGGCUGUACAGCAUUAUGAACAAUCUCAGCCCUUCAACUAUGUCAUGGACCUGCUCAACAUGGUCUUCACGGGCCUCUUCACUGUUGAGAUGGUCUUGAAGAUCAUUGCCUUCAAGCCCAAGCACUAUUUCUGCGAUGCGUGGAACACCUUUGACGCCCUGAUUGUGGUUGGGAGUGUGGUAGACAUCGCAGUCACGGAAGUCAACAAUGGAGGCCAUGUUGGAGAGAGCUCAGAAGACAGCUCCCGCAUCUCUAUCACCUUCUUCCGUCUCUUUCGGGUCAUGCGCUUGGUGAAGCUGCUCAGCAAAGGGGAGGGUAUCCGCACCCUGCUCUGGACCUUCAUCAAAUCCUUCCAGGCUUUGCCAUAUGUCGCCCUUCUCAUUGCCAUGAUCUUCUUCAUCUACGCAGUCAUUGGCAUGCAGACAUUUGGCAAAGUGGCCAUGCAAGAUGGUACACCGAUCAACCGUAACAAUAACUUCCAGACAUUCCCACAGGCUGUGUUGCUGCUUUUCAGGUGUGCAACAGGGGAGGCCUGGCAGGAGAUCAUGCUGGCCAGCUUGCCUGGAAAAAGAUGCGACCCAGAAUCCGAUUACGAACCCGGAGAGGAAUUCACAUGUGGCAGCAACUUUGCCAUCGUCUAUUUCAUCAGCUUCUUCAUGCUGUGCGCCUUUUUGAUCAUUAACCUCUUUGUUGCUGUCAUCAUGGACAAUUUUGACUACCUGACUCGGGACUGGUCCAUUCUGGGUCCCCAUCAUCUUGAUGAGUUCAAGAGAAUCUGGUCAGAGUAUGAUCCUGCUGCCAAGGGCCGUAUCAAGCACCUUGAUGUGGUGGCUCUGCUCCGGCGCAUUCAGCCACCCCUUGGCUUUGGGAAGCUCUGCCCACACCGAGUAGCCUGCAAGAGAUUGGUGGCUAUGAACAUGCCACUGAAUGCAGAUGGAACAGUCACCUUCAAUGCUACCCUUUUUGCCCUGGUGCGGACCUCCCUUAAGAUCAAGACAGAAGGGGAUUUGGAUGUGGCUAACAAGGAACUCCGUGCUGUCAUCAAAAAGAUCUGGAAACGAACAAAGCCUAAACUACUGGAUGAGGUGAUACCUCCACCAGAAGAGGAGGAAGUUACUGUUGGAAAGUUCUAUGCCACGUUUCUGAUCCAGGAUUAUUUCCGUAAAUUCCGUAAGAGGAAGGAGAAGGGGAUGCUGGGAGCAGAUGGAUCCCCAAGCAACUCUUCUGCUCUGCAGGCUGGUUUGAAAAGUUUGCAGGACUUGGGACCUGAGAUCCGUCGGGCAAUGUCCUGUGACUUGGAAGAAGAGGAGGAGGAGGAAGAAAAUGGGGAAACGGUGUGUGAGGAGGAGACUGUGACCUACAAGAGCACCGAGGCAUUGUAUGGCAGUGCCCCUGAUCCAUCAGUUGCUCCAACGUCACCAGAACAGGAAGGCAAGACUCUGAUGAAUGGCCUCGUGGGCUCCAGGCAUCCCUCAAGCACCAGCCUCUCCCAUGUGGCAAAUGGGCCUACCCACUACGAGGAUAAUGUUGGCAGUCAUGAUGAGCCCACUGAAUUGCCCAGCAUGCCCACCCGACGCAGGCUGAGCAGACGGAGCUCUGAUGGUAGCUGCAUCCCGCCAACUGUGAAAGAGGAGAAUACACACAAUGAAGAUUAUGGCGAAGACACCUCAGUUGAGCAGGGUUACUACAGCCGGGAAGAGGAUUCAGAGAGCCUGGCCUCUCGUGAAAGGCAGCCUUCUCUGCACAACCAUCGGCCUCACCGCCAUCACUGGGACAACGGGUAUGGUGGCUCUUUGCCCCUUCCUUCCCGGCGCAUGAACAACGGGCUUGUCAAUGGAAUGCUGGAUGGCAGGCAACCCAAGCGCAGGCGCCUCUUGCCUCCCACGCCUACAGGCCGAAAACCCACCUUCAACAUCCAGUGCCUGCAGCGUCAAGGUAGCUGUGAUGACAUCCCCAUCCCAGGCACCUACCACCAAAAUGCCCCACCUUGCCGAGCACGUGCACAGGGCUACGGCAACUACGACUCAUGGCAGAGUGGCGGCCGCGGCUCCACAGCUUCCUCCCAAUCAUGGGCAACGCCACCAAAGCGGAGCCGUCUGCUUUAUGCCCCGCUAAUCCUGGUGGAAGGGGACGAGCUGCCUGGGCACAGCUGGGAGAAGAACAGCAGCCUUCCGCCCAUGUCACGGGCAAGAUGGUACAUGAAUGAGCCAGAGAUGCCCUAUCGCACCUACAGCCAUCUCCAUGUGCCUGGCCCGCUCAAGCACAGCUACGACAAGCGGGGCAGUGCGGACAGCCUGGUGGAGGCGGUGCUCAUCUCUGAGGGCUUGGGCCUCUAUGCUCGAGACCCCAAGUUUGUGGCCUUUACCAAGCGUGAAAUUGCUGAUGCCUGCCAUAUGACCAUUGAUGAAAUGGAAAGUGCAGCAACAGACUUGCUUAGCCGCAGAUAUGUCGGCAGUGAAAACAGCAGCCGCAGUGGCAGCGGCAGCCACGGCAUGUAUAGCAGCGACGGGGAGCACAGCGGCGUUGGGAGCGUAGGCCCUGUUUAUAGUGAUGAGGAGCCCUUCCGUUCUCCUCGUGAGGAAGAGGACUUGGCGGAUGAGAUGGCCUGCGUCACCUCUUAUUGACCAUGAAGUGCCCCCUGGCGGGGCAUGGAGAGACAGUCACAGAAAGCAAGAGAUCCGGCUCUCGGGAACCUUUGGGCAAAGGGCAGAGACUCAUCCAAAGCCGGUCUCAGGAAGGACACCAAAUGCUGCUCUCUUGCUGGCCUAGGCAAAGCCAGCUACUAGAAGUGCUGUCUAUGUACACCUCUGGUUUGGGCAGUCUGCUGCCCCUUCUCCAGACUAUUGACUCCUCCUCGGUUGUGCAGCAAGGGAAACGCAGCCCUGGACUACUUCCUCUAGGGAAGGAUUGUGGCUUUUGAAAAGCUGAAGGUUCAUAAUGAGAUUGGGAAAUGUCUCCUUUUUUUGUAUCAGAAACAAUAAAUAUUGUUUGAAAGAUGA